AUGGCAAAAUUGAUAGUGUAUCUUGCUUUCAUCAUUUGUUGUAAUCGACAGCAAAACGGAGCAGUAGUACCAGGAGGAGUAGUCGCUGAUGUUAUCACAGACUAUAAAACUGACAAAUUAUGGGCUGAUGGCUUAUUAAUGAAAGCAACACAAGUGGAGGAAUCAACAUUGACGAAUUGUGACACAAUGGAAAAUGGAGGAUUAUUUAUUUUGGAAGAAAAACCGUUGUUAUUGAUAACAAACACUGCUAACCUGAUGAAAUGA